GACCACAGACCCGGAAGUGGGGUGCUGCUGCUGUUUUGCUGUCGAGUCACCUCUGCUAGGAUGGAGGAAUCAGAGCCGCAAUAAUGCGUUACAACGGCAGAGCCGGACCCUUCAAGGCAUCUGAACUGGACUAAUACAAACGUUUACUCUCUUACCCAUCGAGCCUCGCCGUAACGUCUCGCCAAAAUGAUGGAGGAAAUCGACAGGUUCCAAGUCCCUCCGGUGAACGGAGAGACGCAGCCUUUGGAUCCGGCUGCGUCCGCCACUACAGACGUAGAAUCUGCCACCAAAGGAGAGACUGUGGCUUUGAACUACAAGCCCUCACCGCUGCAGGUCCAAAUAGAGAAACAAAGAGACCUUGCCAGGAAGGGAUCGGUGAAGAACGGCACCGUGGGUAGUCCUGUCAAUCAGCAACCUAAGAAGAACGCCCGGACGAGGCUGGUGGUGCCAAAUAAAGGCUACUCUUCUCUGGAUCAAAGCCCAGAUGAGAAGCCGCUCGUGGCCCUGGACACAGACAGUGAUGAUGACUUUGACAUGUCCAGAUACUCCUCGUCAGGAUACUCCUCAGCCGAGGUGAGAUGUCUGAGGGACCAGCAGAUCAAUCAGGACCUCAACAUCCAGCUCCUGAAGGACGGGUACCGGCUGGACGAGAUCCCCGACGACGAGGACCUGGAUCUGAUCCCGCCCAAAGCGGUGAACCCCACCUGCAUGUGCUGCCAGGCUGCCUCCUCCACAGCAUGUCAAAUCCAGUAGCACCGAGGGAAACUUCACGCAGCGAGAGGAUGAGGGGCGAACGGCUUGCUGUGCCACUGAAGGAUUCGGCAGGACGCGCGUCAAGCCUGGAUGGAGGACGAACACUCUGCGCACGUUCCUCCUAUGGCUGGAUCUGUGCAUCGUUGAUUGGUCGGCAUCAGGACCUUUGUUAUCUUGCUUCCCUUCCGCUUGACUGCCAUCGCACUGUUGUGGAUGUUUACAAGGACAAGUAUCAUGUGACGUCGAUUGAUGAACCAAUAGGAACCCGUGUUCUUACUUCUGCAGACCUGAUGCGCAUGGUCAAGAAGGCGAGCCUCACAGUGUUGUUUUUAUUUAUUUGUCUGUCAAGUCCGUCUGCCUCGUCUGCGUGUGUCCAACAUGAACGUAGCGUCACAGUCACGAACGUAGAGCUAGAUUUCCCUCCUCCAGUCUCUGUGAGCAGUUGCUGACUGCGGGUGAGAAGAAACUGUUUUGCAUGUUGCCUGUUAACACUGCACCCUAGUGGCCAGCCUGCUCACUUUUAUUCUCCCAGUGAGGCGUUCGGAUGCAGUCAGGUUCACCCACCUCAGCCUGACACCCUCAGUGGGUGUGAAGUUUAUUUUUCUGUUCUUUGAAGGAAUCACUCACCCAGCAGUCCCAAACCACAUUGUGAGCACAACCUAAAAAUGUUCUGUGUUUUCUAUCUUGGCCUUCACCCCUCAGUUCUUGCCCUCCAUCUUGUGUUGCAGUGACUGGACAGAGCUUUGUGUUGUGUGCUCAUUUAAAACUGAUCAGGCAUGAUGCGUUCAGGUGCUCCCAGAAUAGUUGAUCUCAGUUUUAACUUCUGCGUCACGUAAUGGCAUUAUUAUUAUAUAGCAAAACAAUUUAGAAACACUGGGAUUUCCUUCAGUUUUGACAGCACCUGAACGCAUCAUGGCUGAUCUCCGGCUGUGCCCAGUGUGCACAGACGGAGCGAGUGAUGCGGAAAGCAAGAUCUGCUCAGAUGACAGAUUUAUUGUGACAUCAAAGUGUUUUAAUUCGCUGACUGAAGUGACGGAAAGUUGCGUGAGUGUAUAGAGAAUGUAAAAAUGGCAAGCACACUUUUUCUUUUAUGGUGGGAUUUUAUCUUUCGUUGUUAAUAUUUGUGUUUUUCUAUUUAGUUUGCUUUGACUUUGAAAUGCUUUUGCUGCUCUUGGCGCGAACCAUGAUGCCAACACUGAUGCUAACAAGGUAGUUAAAUGCCAAAAUUAAAAAAUAUCCGAGGGAAGUGUAACUGUAGGUAACUGAGACAUGACUUAUCUCUCAUGCAAAUGAAAGAAAAAAACCUUUUCGCUACGUUUCUUUUACUUGAACAUUAUUUAUUCACUAAAAUGAAUCCAGUCUAGACAAACAACAAAGAACUAGCAACCUAAAUGAGACCAGUUUCAAGACGGAGGAGCUGGGAGAGACUAGAGCGGCUGCUUCUCCACAUCAGCAUGAGACAGUUCAAGCAGCCUGGACUUGGUCUGGUCUGAUGUGAGUGUCAAACUAAAGGUCCCGGGACCAAAUCUAGCCAGACAACUUCUUUCAUGUGGCCCUGAACAGCAUUCGCUAUUAAAGUCUGUCGUGCUCUAACUCACCACCCGUACGUGUCGACAUACGGUAUCACAGUUUACACUAUGCUGCUGUUUAAUGCCAACGAUAAACAUGGGCGUUUCCAAAAAAUGUGGUGUGGCUUGGCACUUCCUUAUUAAAGGAGAAAAGCUGGGGGUGAAGGACGCUGUGUCUUGGGAGACUCAACACAUGUCGAAUUUGUUUGAAGUUUUGGCCCCUUGCAUUAUUAAGUUUGACAUCUUUGACCAAGGAGGAGGCCCCGGGGCAGACGCAGGACACCACGCCCCAAGACGUGACUUUUGCUCAUUGGAAAAAAGGGAUGAAUUGGUUUCAAGUCCUUGUUCUUGAGGGCAGGCUCGAUGUCCCAUAUGUCUCCUGACAACACAGCUGCUGUGCAUGAAAAGGGAUUUGUUUUCAGCGUGUUUAAAUUCUGCUGACUCAAGGAUUUGUUUGAAUACACUAGGUGGCGCUGUGUGUUCUGCUGAGGAACUUGUUUUAUUCAUGUGUGCCGUUGAAGAAUCUUGGUGAAGACAAUACAGCUGAAAUACAUGAGACUGAAAGGGAAGUUGAAGUUUUGCAAUAAGCUCAGUGGCCAUGACACACUGACCAGAGUGAACCUUGGGAUGUCGACUCGUCGGAAAUGACGGACUGAACUGCACGGAUUUAUACUACCAAGUAAUUUGACGUAACACAAUGUAUUUAUUUACAGCUGUGUGUUUUCAGGCUUCAGUCACAAUUCUUUUUCUGAGUCUGUCAGAUGCUUAUGAUGGCGAUUGUGUACUGGUUCCAUUUAGAUUCUAACAGUGUGAAGUUGUGUGUAUAGUGAGACCUGUCCAGACAAUAAUAAAUAUUAGAUAUCUCAACA